CUGCAAGGCCGUUUGCCAUCGGUAGUCGAGGUUUUCAGGCUUUCAGCUCAGCAUCGUCGUCAGUAGCCAAGUGUUCACUACUGCUUUUAGUUUCCCAGUGCUUUGAGCGAUCGAUCUGUUCGUGUUUUAGUUUGAGAAGAGUGAGAGAUCAUGGCUUCCCACCAGGACAAGGCUAGCUACCAGGCCGGCGAGACCAAGGCCCGCACCGAGGAGAAGACUGGGCAGGCGAUGGGUGCGACCAAGGACACGGCGCAGCACGCCAAGGACCGGGCGUCGGGCGCGGCGGGGCACGCGGCGGGCAAGGGCCACGACGCCAAGGAGGCGACCAAGCAGAAGGCGUCCGACACCGGCAGCUACCUGGGCCAGAAGACCGACGAGGCCAAGCACAAGGCCGGCGAGACCACGGAGGCCACCAAGCACAAGGCCGGCGAGACCACCGAGGCCACCAAGCAGAAGGCCGGCGAGACCACCGAGGCCGCCAAGCAGAAGGCCGGCGAGACCACUGAGGCUGCCAAGCAGAAGACCGCCGAGGCCCUCGAGGCCACCAAGCAGAAGGCCGGCGAGGCCGGGCAGUACGCCAAGGACAGCGCCGUCGCCGGCAAGGACAAGACCGGCAGCGUCAUCCAGCAGGCCACCGAUCAGGUGAAGACCGCGGCGGCGGGCGCCAAGGACGCGGUGAUGAACACGCUGGGGAUGGGCGAGGGCAACAAGCAGGGCGGCGACACCGGCAACACCAACAAGGACUCCUCCACCAUCACCAGGGAUCACUAGACGCGCGUGCACGCGCGCUUCCGUCUUGCCUCCCGAUCGAUACCGCUUGCUUGUUCAUGGGUCCAGUAUGUACCGUGUUUUUCCCUUUCAUGAUUUCGACGAAUUUGGUGCUGUAAGUUUGGCGUUGCUGUAUUUGUCUGUAAACGAGUCGGGGUGGGAGUGGUCUGGCUGGCGAUCUUUGCGCUCGCCAGGUGUCUCUCAGCUUGUGUUUUUCAUUAUGGUGUAAUAAAGUUGGUAAAUCACCUCUAUAUACGACUAUACGAGGCGUGUAUAUGUUUUGUUAUCUC